AUGCUGGCGGCGACAUUUGUCGGUGUAAUCGUUGCUUGCUUUGCAGGUGAAAUAGCGUGCAAUGAAUUGAAACAAUUGGGCCAGUAUAUACAAGGCUGCAACGACAAUGAGUUCCACGAACCGGGAUAUGCACCAGGUUGCACUUACUCCUGCACAAGUGGAACUGAAGGAGAAAACAGCGUCCAGACAAACGAUUAUAGAAAUGCUACUGUGUGCGUUGAGUUUGAAGACAAUGAUGACACGAAGCUGGAUCACGUUGGGAUCUGCUUGAGCGGAGUUUGUCGGGGACACAGGGAACGAUGUCCAGGCUGUACCGAAUCCGAACUUCAACAGAGAUGGAGCCAACUUCCUGAGCUAGCCGCCGAGUUUCAUCGAUGCCCUGAUCUCAGCGAAAGCGAUCCCGUGGAAAAUUGCCUCUAUGUCUGCAAGGCCAAUCAUGAUAAUGGGAAGGAAGUAUAUUUCUACGGGAUCUACAAGGAUGACAAUCCUUGCAAACCGGCAGACGGCGACGAGGGCACCUGCAGAAGUGGAUGGUGUUAUAAAAAAUAA